GGUCCAACCACAGUAUACAUAAACUCAGUUUCGAAGCGGUAAAGCCUGACUCAUCUUUCAGUGAGGAUCGUUAAUUCGUUCAACACACUUGUGUUACGGAAACGUGAAUUUAACGUAAAUGUGAUAAAAAAUAAUGAAAAAACAAUAAAAUUAGUUAUUCACCUUCAACGGCAUCCAGUCCGGGGUCAUCCUUAUCAAGAAUUAAACAAAAUCACACCGCGAUAAGUUGAGCAUCAACAAUGAGUGAAGAGAAAAAACUUUAUCCGAACUAUGACAUGGGCAUAUGGUUCCGUACGUGUGACGAAGAGGUCACGGAACCCUUGCAAGGAAAACUGUCAGGCACUAUUCCCUCAUGGAUACAAGGCACUCUGUUGAGAAACGGUCCAGGUUGUAAGAAAAUCGGCGACUGUGAAUACCAACACGUGUUCGACGGACUUGCGAUAAUCCACAGGUUCGCGGUAAAAGAUGGCCGGGCAACAUAUCAGAGCAAGUUCCUACAUACGGACGUGUACAAGAAGAACACAGCCGCCAAGCGCAUCGUGGUCACAGAGUUCGGCACUAAGGCGGUACCAGAUCCCUGCAGAACUAUUUUUGACAGAAUAUCAUCCAUCUUCGACUUCAACGUCCAGCAGACGGACAACACCGUGGUCUCCGUGUAUCCUUUCGGCGACCAAAUCUACGCCAUGACCGAAGUGCCCAUACUCUACCAAGUAGACCCCAAGAGUUUGGAGACUUUGGGGCGAAAGCAACUACCACGAUCCCUGAUAGUGUUCCACACGGCCCAUCCCCACGUUAUGGAAAACGGUGACUUAUACAACGUGGGAUUAAGUACAGACAAGGGUUACGUCGUUGUCAAGUUUACAAACAAUGGAAAAGGUGACAUGUUUGAGACAACAGAGAUAGUGGGCAGCAUUAAACCAAGAUGGAAAGUCAAUCCGGCGUACAUGCAUUCAUUUGGUAUAACUGAAAACUACUUCAUCAUAAUCGAGCAACCUUUGUGCAUCUCUUUGUUAAACUUGGCCAAGCGAUAUCUCUUCACUGAAUCUUUCUCCACCAUAUUGGUCUCCUACCCAGAAUACGAGACAAACAUCUACCUCAUACAUCGCGAGACUGGUGAAACAUCUCAGUACAGUGUAGACAGUGUAUUCUUCAUGCAUAUAGUAAAUUGCUUCGAGCGGGAUGGAAAAGUGAUCAUCGAUUUGUGCACCUACAAAGAUGGCAAACUUUUAGACGCUAUGCAUUUGGCAGCUGUUAAGUCAAUGCAAACUAACCCGGACUACGGCCAAUGGUCUAGAAGUCGUCCCAAACGCAUAACAAUUCCUCUGGACGCACCGGACAUGAGCAAAGUUGAAGCUAAACUUAUCAUCGAUUAUGGUGUUGAGAUGCCGAGGAUUAAUUACGACACAUACAACGGGCGACCAUACAAAUAUUUCUAUGGAAUUGGAUCUGAUGUAGAUACCGGAUAUGCUGGAACUCUUGUUAAAGUAAACGUAGAAUCAGGGGAAUACAAACUAUGGCACGAAGAGCAAUGUUACCCCAGCGAGCCCAUAUUCAUACCACAUCCCGACGGAAAGGAAGAAGACGAUGGUGUAGUUCUCAGCUCAUUGAUAUGGGGGAAAGACGACCACGCAGUCACUUUGCUAGUACUAGAUGCAAAAACAUUUGAAGAACUGGCGAGAGUUGACUUCGUCACCCCUUCGCAGACUCCCCGUUGCUUCCACGGCUGGUAUUUGCCCGAUCAGGCGUCUGUAAAGUGAUUGGGUUGAAUAGAAUUAGGCAUUUGUUAUUGAAAGUUCAUUAUGGUUGAUGAAUAAUUGAUUUAGUUUGCUACCCACCCCGAAAACUCACCCAGAUUACCACCAUAAUCAUUAGCUUACCAGCAUAAAA